AUGGCCGAGAAAUCGGGAAAUGAGCCUGAGGCCGAGUGUCCCGUCUGCUGGAACUCAUUCGACAAUACUUUCCGGACUCCCAAGCUGUUAGACUGCCGCCACUCCUUCUGCAUUGAAUGCCUGGCCCACCUGAGCUUGGUCUCUUCCUCCCGGCACCGGCUGCUGUGCCCCCUCUGCCGCCACCCUACAGUCCUGGCUUCAGAUCGGCCAGUGACUGACCUGCCCACAGAUGCUGCUGUCCUUACCCUGCUCCGUCUGGAACCCAACCACAUCAUCCUUGAGGGCCGGCACCUCUGCUUUAAGGAUGAGCGCAAGAGCAGAUACUUCUUGCGCCAGCCCAGGGUCUACACUCUCAACCUGGGGGUCGAGCCGGAGAGCCAGGAGGGCCCAGACCAGCAGAGGGCAGCGCCCCCUGCCCCUGUGCCAAUCCCCAGCCACUUGUCCCUGCGAGAGUGCUUCCGAAACCCUCAGUUUCGCAUCUUUACCUACCUGAUGGCCGUCAUCCUCAGUGUCGCCUUGCUGUUAAUCUUCUCCAUCUUUUGGACUAAACAGUUCCUCUGGGGAGCAGGAUGA